AUGGGGAAGCACACAGGGAUUAGCUCGGAGUGUGCCGUUCCGACAGAUAGCAGGGAUUCAAUUCUAAUUCAAAAACAGAAGUCAAUUAACGCUCAGGUUGUUAUUGGGACUCCUGGCACCAUCAAGAAGUGGAUUUCUUUCAAGAAAUUGAACCUGACCAGAUUGACGAUUCUUGUCUUUGAUGAGGCUGAUCAAAUGCAUGCUGAGCUGAACAAUUACAUCUACUUAAAUGUUCUUCUACUUUCUGCCACAUUCAAUGACAUUGUCAAGAACUUUGUUGAGAGGACAAUUUAUCAAUUCAAUGGAGCUAAUUCAAUUAAGAUUUAUGGUUAUGAUGUAUUUAUCCUAGACUCACAGAAUAAGAUUUAUCAAUUCAAUAGAGCUAAUUCAAAUAUUCAGGAAAGAGCCAAGGCUUUGGAAGUUAUCCAGUAUCUGAAGAAAAAGUACCAUGAAGGGAAGUGUAAUGUUGCCAUUGUUGAUGAUGGAAAGUUGGACACUGAGUCAGACUCCGAUGAAUUUUGGGUUCUCUUUGGUGGUUUUGCUCCAAUUGGAAAGAAAGUAGUUAGUGAUGAGGAUAUCAUUCCUGAGACAACUCCUGCCCAACUCUUUAGAUUUUACCAGCAGAUGCUUGUGCUGGGCAUGUGCAUUUAUUUUGUGCUACUUUUAAAUGAACUUUUGGAGACAUAAGGGAAUCUUGAUUAGAACUAAGUAUUUGGACUGUGGUACUGAGGUAUCCAUCUGGGUUGGCCGGGUCACACAAGUUGAAGAGCAAAAAGCAGGUUG